AGACCACUCAUCCAAGAAACUUUGGGUCAAAUGGCUCAUGAGCACCGGUUGAACGGCGGUCCUUUACGCAAUAUGCGACAAUUUGAAGUAUGUCGGUGAUCCCUCCCUUAUUACGGAUUGAUAUGAGCCUGACGGCUCUCAAAGCCUUCCCUCAGGUCACGCAAAGGCUCGCGCCCACACAAUUCGACCACGGUCAGCGCGUGGCUUUCUUUGGUAUACCGAAAGAUGGGGUCGGAAGAGAAUUGAAGCUGCCAGAAGACCUCCCGCAAGCGUAUGAAAUUGUGCCGCAUGGUGUAAAGCCGGACAAAAAGCUGCACCGUAUAGGUAUGCCAGUCGAGCUUCGCAAAGGCUUGAUGCUUGUGGAUCACCGUUCUGGCCAAUUGUGGGAAGGUGGUCGGGCGCCGCGAGCACUGGCGCCUGCCAGCGUCUCCACUACGUCACGAUCAGAGCCGCACGCAUCGUAUUACAAGAGUCCAAACGGCAAACCAGAUGUCAGCCUUGAAUUGCCUAAAACUUCCGAGUACGCUGCUCAAAUCAUAGAGAAGCAAAGGUCCUUGCUUCAGGGAGCUGCGAAUCACGCGCGGGAUCUGCAGUGUCCCGACAUGGCUGUUGCGAAACUGAGGGGUGGCUUCUACACGUGUGGUCCGGUCAGUCAGAAGCGACUAGAGACUGCCGCUGAUGCCGUAAGCGAACGCGGCACGAAUCUUGGACGCGUGAAGCUCACCCUCGCGCCCGGCGACAAGUAUCGGGAACCUCAUACUGGCCACGUUUUCUACGGGCCAUCGAAGGACGUCGGCAGUCUCAAGGCGAGCUCUUCGCCAGGAUCUCAUCCGCGCAAGCUCGAUGUCAAGCACUUCGCCACAAAUCACCAUGAGGCCAGGAGCUCACCUCGAGAUCAUUCUACCACGGCUUCAGCGCUUCGGAUGCAGCCAACUAUGGGCUCAAGGAUGAAUUUGGUGGGCUCUGCAAGUGCUGGAAGGCACUCUGGCACGAAAGAAAUGCGUUCUCGCGACCAGGCCAGAGUGACGAGUCGAAUGCUUGCGUUCAGGCCAAGAGAGGCCUACAGGAAUCAUCGCUCGAGCCUCGCUGCGAGGCCGACAGCUAGUGCGCAAAGAGUUGAAACUUCGCGCUCGGCACACGCUGAUGACGGAGACAAUCGAGCACAGGCACCAAGCAACGCAAAUGUCAGCGGAGGCAGUGGGCGAUACAAGCCUGGCUUUCCUGGAGAGACCACUCAAAAUUCUGCAACGGACCUCGACCAUUCAUCGGCCUCUGACCUGCCUCGAGACCGAAAGCGGAUGAGACAGUGGUCGCCUGAUAGUGAGGACGAGGACAGACGCAGGCCGACACAUGCGACUGCACGCAUUCAAAGUGGAUUGCAGUAGCCCAUGGGUCUAUUGCUCGGUCUGCGCUGCAAUGAAGGCCCCAGCAGAUUGCGUUGCCCUCCGCACGCCGUGAGGCUGCCCGAGCACUCGCGGAAUUUCUCCAGCUGGGACUCAAAUGUACUAAGCUGCCCACCAGUGUGCAUGGAGGCGCUCGUCUUGUGUACUGCGAAUCAACGCGACGAAUGAAGCAGGUCGGACACGACGCAGCGCCA